AUGUUGAUUUUCAAAUUGUAUUGCAAAUGCUGUAUCAAAUGUAUACUUAAGAUAAUCGAGUUUUUUGACAUUAAAUUGAUAUUCUGUUUCCACGUAGUAAAAAUUACACAUAACUUAUUAGCAGAUCAAUCGAAAAUGGAACAAAGAUUUGGAGCUUUAUUAUUAAUAAUAAUAAUUUUAAAAGCAUUAUGCCCUCUGAUCAUGGGAUGUCCUCUUUCUCGUACUCUUACACGUCAUUCAAGGAAAUUAAAUACACUGGCUUUUAUUGGUAAUCACGAUUCAGCGACAUCGUCAGUGAGUUUCAAACACGCUUGA